UGCAGCCGCGAGAGAGAGAGGGGAGGGGAAAAAUUGGACACGGACAAUCUCGCAGUAACUUUUUUCUUCUUUCCUUUCUCCGUGGAAGAAGCCUCAAGAAAAAAAGUCAACGGGACAAAAAAAAUCACACAGGAUUACAUUUGAUUUGCAUUUGCAUCGCCCCACAAGAUUUCCAAUCUGGUCCCUGGAUACAUAGGCCUACGCGCAUUUACUAACGGAUUAAUGUGGUCGCAAAUUUGUGGGAUUUAUCAAUAGUUGAAGCUGGUGGCUGGGGUGAGGUGUUUUUGGAGGAGUAAAACCAUGUGGCUUCUCUGCUCCUCUCUGACUCUGUUGGCCCUCAACUUCGGAUCAUGUGACAUGCUGACAUCAGAGCAAGAUGUACAAUGCCCGUCCUUACAAGUGGAUGAGUGGAAGUUUCCUCAGACACCCAGGCACAAUAUCACUGGUUUUAAUCUGGUGAGGCAAUUCUCCCUGCUCAAGAGUGUCGAUGUCAAGAAGAUCCGCAACCCUCGAGGACCCGUCAUCCUCCGCCUGGGCAAGACUGCACUCCUACGCCCCACCGAUCAGGUGUUUCCUCAUGGCUUGCCUGAGGAGUUCACCCUGAUCUUCACCCUGGCGUUAAAGAAGGCUGCCCUGAGAGACACCAUCUACCUCUUCCAGAUAUCUGACCAGCAGGGAUAUCCGCAGCUCUCUGUAGACCUUAACAGCCCUGAUGGCACCCUGUCCCUGCGUGCCAGGGGGGUAGACCCCUCAGCUGACCUGGUGAGCUGCAUUUUUACCGGGGAGGGGGUGGAAGCCCUGUUGGACUUGCGUUGGCACAAGGUGGCCCUCAGCGUGCAACUCGGAACUGCCUCCCUCCACGUGGACUGCAGCUCCAUUGAGACCAAACCCCUGGAGCCCCGUGGAGUUCUGCCCACUGACGGACACACUCUGCUGGGCAUUCGGGCUUCAGAUGCUGCGCCUGUGCAGAUGGACAUUCAGCAGGUGAUGCUGUAUUGUGACCCCUCCCUCGCCAUUCAGGAGGCCUGCUGUGAUAUACCUGGGGCAAGGUGCCCACCAGACACUCCCAAAAGCCGCCGUGCUGCUGAGAAUGACCUGUUGGAAAACACAUUUAACCAGGAUAUUUUUGCAUCCAAGAAUCUGGCAGAGAAAUGUGCUGGUUGUUUACUCCUGAAUAGGGAAGAAAAUGUAGUAAAUCUUGGUGGACUUGCUGGGUUGAAAGGGGAAAAAGGCGACCGGGGCGACGGCUGUUCUGGCUUCCAUUCAGGUCCAUGCACAGAGGGAUCCAAGGGCCUGAAGGGAGAGAAAGGCGAGCCGGCGCUGCCUGCCAACUGGGGCGAAGCAGCUGGGUACAAGGGAGAAAAAGGUCAGAAGGGAGAGACCGGUACACAGGGUCUCACAGGCACUCCAGGGAAGGAUGGUCGAGCAGGGUCCAUCUGUGUAGUCGGCCCCAAGGGACAGAAGGGUACCCCAGGUUUGGUGGGUCCCGAAGGGUUGGCUGGGGAGCCGGGGAAGCCCGGACAUCCAGGCCCACCAGGAGUUGGAAAGCCAGGCCUACCAGGCUCUCCUGGUGAACCGGGUACAAAGGGAGACAAGGGAGAUACAGGACCUACAGGAGAAAAUGGAUUGCCAGGAGAUCCAGGACCAAGAGGACCAGGAGGGUAUAAAGGAGAGAAGGGAGAGCCAUGCUCUGUGUGCCCCACUCUCGGAGACUUACCCCUUAACCUCGUCCCCGGUGUUGUGGCCCACACCCUGCAGCAGAAGGGUGAGAAAGGAGAGCCUGGGAUUGGACAGAGAGGAGAGCAAGGGGAGCCAGGGACUGUAGGCUCACCUGGCCUUAGAGGAGAGAAGGGUGAACCAUGCGAAGUGUGCCCUGUGCUGCCUAUAGACAUGGGUAACACAGUGGCUCUGCAAGGAAAGCCAGGCCCUAAAGGAGAGACUGGAUUACCAGGGAUAGGAGAGAGGGGACUGCCUGGACCUCAAGGUGCAAAUGGCAAGGCAGGACAGAAGGGAGAAUCAGGAUCAGACGGCGCCAAAGGAGAAAAGGGAGAGCCAUGCUCUGUGUGCCCCACUCUCGGAGACUUACCCCCUAACCUCGUCCCCGGUGUCAUGGCCCACACCCUGCAGCAGAAGGGUGAGAAGGGAGAGCCUGGGAUUGGACAGAGAGGAGAGCAAGGGGAGCCAGGGACUGUAGGCUCACCUGGCCUUAGAGGAGAGAAGGGUAGUGCAGGCAGCAAAGGAGCUGAUGGUAAGCCGGGAAAACCUGGACCAAGGGGACCCAGUGGCAAGGAUGGACAGAAAGGUUCAAAGGGCCCAUCAGGUCUUGCUGGUACAAAAGGAGAAAAGGGUGAACAUGGAGAUCAAGGAGAUAAGGGACUGGACGGAGCUGCAGGAGCCCCAGGACUGCCUGGACAGCCUGGUCUGGACGGACUUAUGGGCUUGAAAGGAGAGAAGGGUGAUGCUUGUACCAGCUGUCCUCCUCUAGGCAUUGCAGUGGGUGAUGGUGUAGCUGUGCCAGGCCCUAAAGGAGAGAGAGGAGAACCUGGUCCCCCAGGACAAGGGAAAAAUGGCAUAAAUGGAAAACCAGGCUUACCAGGUGUGCAGGGGCCUGCCGGUCCCAAAGGAGGCAAGGGAGAAGCUGGAGUUGCAGGAGUCGGCCUUCCAGGACCACAAGGUGAAGAGGGGCCAAGAGGGCUCCCAGGGCUUGUAGGAGCUCCUGGAGCCAGAGGAUUGACUGGCCCUGUUGGCCCUGCAGGGGAAAAGGGUUUCAAAGGAGAUGUCGGGCCUCCAGGACCACAGGGGCCUGUGGGCAUUGGAGUAGCAGGACCCCCAGGUAGAGAUGGAGCCCCCGGCUCUCAAGGAUUGCCAGGAGCUGAUGGCAGACAUGGAAUUGAUGGAGCUAAGGGGGACAAGGGUGUACCUGGAGAGUGCAACUGCAUAAUCCCAGUGCACGCGGGCAUAGGCGGACCUGGAGCUCCAGGAACUCCAAUAAACACGUGGCAGCCCGGGCCUCAGGGCCCACCAGGACCUCCUGGCCCCCCUGGCCCACCUGGGCCUCAGGGUGUUAAUGGAAUCCAAGGACCACAAGGUAUCCCUGGAAACGACGGGAUACCGGGGAACCCGGGUUUACCUGGAUACAACCCCACUGGACCACACCAGCUGCCUCAAGACUCUACUGGAGGAGAUGUUGAUGAGGACUGUGGUGAGGGCUGUUCCCAAGGGUUGCCAGGGGUGCCAGGCAUGGCUGGUGCCAAGGGAGAAAAAGGAGAUGAGGGCAAGCCUGGUGUAACCCCCUUGGACAGCUGUGACAGGUGUUUGGAGAGACUGCAGCAAGAGCAGGCGACACAAGCAGUGGAUGACCGAUCCUGCACAGGAACACCUGGGGUUCCUGGAAUGCCUGGAUUGCCAGGAACAAAAGGAGAGCCAGGCGCACCAGGAGACAGAGGCCAAGCUGGAAUACCAGGAAUCAUGGGACCUCCUGGUUUCCCAGGUCCUCCGGGCCAAUCUGGUUUACCUGGUCAACAGGGUGAGCGAGGGUCACCCGGCCUCACAGGAAUGAAGGGCGAGCAGGGCCCUCCGGGGACGUCAGGGUAUCCAGGAACCAUGGGACCACCUGGACUGCCUGGACUGAAGGGUGAACGCGGGAGCCCAGGAAGCAGUGGUCAGAAAGGAGAAUCAGGUCCUCCUGGUAACCCUGGGUACCAAGGACAGGCUGGCUCACCGGGCAUUAAAGGAGACACAGGACCAGCAGGGCCUGUUGGUGCCAAAGGGGAUCAGGGUUUCCAAGGACAACCAGGUUUCCCAGGACCACCAGGUUCCCCAGGUCUUACUGGCAAAACUGGAAGGGAAGGGCUCUCUGGGCUUAAAGGUGAAAAGGGCAAUGAUGGCGCUCAAGGCUCUCAGGGACCAACUGGAGCCCCAGGCUCACCAGGCUCCCCAGGGCUGAUGGGCCCCCCUGGCAUUGAGGGAAUGGAUGGAAAAGAUGGGAAACCAGGGGUGCGGGGAGAAACUGGCCCUCCAGGCCCAGUAGGACCACGAGGAAUCCCAGGAUUCAAAGGGAAAACUGGCCAUGCUGGCUUUCCUGGACAGAAGGGUGAUGUUGGACCUGCAGGUCCACCUGGACCAUCAGGCAGACCUGGACAUGAGGGUGAUCCCGGUACCCCAGGAGCUCUGGGACGACCUGGACCCCCCGGCCACAUUGGCUCUACAGGUCCAGCUGGACCACCGGGGCCUCCUGGUCCAUCAGGUUUGGGUAUAAAAGGAGAUAAGGGCCAAGCUGGUGAGAGGGGUCUUCCAGGGAUGAGUGGAAGCCCAGGACCACCUGGGCACCCAGGGGCCAUGGGAGAGCCGGGCAGUGACGGUUCUCCUGGUAAAGAUGGAGUGGCAGGCCUACCAGGGGACAACGGGCAGCCAGGUCAAAAGGGUGAGGCAGGGGCUGCAGGCCAGAGGGGUCCUCCGGGUGAGAGAGGUAGACCAGGGCCCCCUGGUGGUGGAGGUUACCACUCCAAGGAUGCACAGCCCAUGAUUGGGCCAGUCGGACCCAGAGGAGAGAGGGGAAGCCCAGGCUCAUCUGGCCCCCCAGGGCUCCCCGGAACACCAGGGUCACCAGGAAAUGAUGCUGUAGUCAAUUAUGAUGAAAUCAAGAACUUCAUCCGCCAGCAGGUCAUCAAGAUCUUUGAUGAGAGAAUGGCCUACUACAUGUCUCGUAUGCAGAUGCCAGUGGAGAUGGUGGCGUCCCCAGGUCGGCCUGGGCCCCCAGGGAAGGACGGAACGCCUGGUAAUCCCGGGUCUCCAGGUGCACCUGGACUCCCGGGACAGAUCGGCAGACAAGGCCGUCCAGGAGGCCAAGGUCCCCCAGGACCACGAGGACCACAUGGAGAAAAAGGAGAUAAGGGUGUUGGAGAGAUGGGAGAUGUAGGACCUCCAGGAGCACCAGGUGUCCCAGGCCCCCCCGGCUACGGUAAGAUGGGACCCCCAGGUCCUGUUGGCCAGCAGGGUGUUCCUGGGAUCCCAGGCCCUCCUGGGCAGUCUGGUGCAAAGGGAAAUGAUGGCCGGUGUAAUCCUGGAGACUGUAUGAGCCAUCAAGUAGAGUACAGCCCCAAGGGCCCACCUGUCAAGGGCCCCUGGUAGAGGGCUAGAGGUGAUGGAGGAGAGUGGCAGAGGGGACUGAUGCAAAGAGACUACGGAGAAGACAGGAAGCCAAAGACCGUGACCCAAAGUUAUUAAAUCUGACCACAAGAUGAAAUAAAGGAGCUCCUUUGUUGUUGAAUUGUAUAGAUUUACCCACACAGAUUUCUACUGUAGUUCUGGGCAAAAAUCCACAAUUUCUUUCUAAGGGCCCCGCUGGAAUGAGGCCUGCGAAGACACACCAGCAGCACAUUUUUAUUGCAUCAUUCUUUUUCCCUAUGAAUGCCAAUUCAUUGCUAUAUUACUGCCUCUUAUUUUGGUCUCGCCUCUUUUUUUCUCUCACUGUGUUUCAGUGCUUUUGUACAUUUUCAAACUACCCAGGGGAGGUGACAAGAAUCACAAUCUGUAUUUUCUUCUCCUUGAUUAAUUCUCGCCCCCUCUGGUUUUUUUUUUCAUUUUCUCUGUCUAAAUCUUUGGAAGAGAAUACACACAAUUAUUGUAGCACUUUGCUUCCACCUCUCAUAUCUUUGUUCCUUUCUCACAGAAUCACAUUCGAAGUGCAUCCCAUGCAUUUCUAAUAUUCUGUCUCAGUGCUUGUGGUGUGAUACAUAUUAGAAUUUGAAUUGUAAGAGAAUAUCCCAAGAAAUGUAUUUCAGUUCUGUAGAAACAGAUGUCAAAAACCUGCAUUCAUACCCUUUUUGAUGGAUUGACUGCUCUGUAUAUAUUUAUAUUUAUAUAUAUAUAGUGGCUUUUUAUACUUUUUCAACAGAUUUGAUAAAAGGCAUACACAUGGCAAGUCACUUAUUUUUCAUCGUCAAUGGUUAUAAAGCAGCAACAGAAGGAAUUAACCAAAGGAAUAUUUUUUCUAAGGUCUAUGAGCUUUUAAAAUGGAAUAAUGUGUUCAGUGAAAGACAAAUUAUUUAUAGAAGAAAAUUGCAUUUACACAAGAAAGCAUAUUGGCUUUUGUAAUUAUGUUACUAAAGUUCAUUUUGUGUCAUUUUAACUCCGGUCUUUUUGGAAAUAGCCAUUUUAAAGCAUCUCAUCUCAUUUUGUAUUCCAAAGUAGCUGUAAUAGCCAUCUGUCUGCUUCACCAGGCACUUGUUCAAGAAAAUAUGAGCAAUAAUUGAGCCCAUUCACCACAGGUACUGUAACGCAGCACACUGAGCACGGCCACCAAGCCCACACGUAAUCACGUAAAGAUAAAGAAAAUAUUCUGAAAAGCACCACAAACGGCUUUUGUAGUGUUACAUGUUACUGUAUUUUGGGGUUGUUUUCUGUUAUUUUUUAAUAUAAUUUUUAUAUGUGGAAGUCUGUGGACCUUUAAAUCACUACCAUCUCUUACCAUCUUUAAUCGGCAGUUUAAACUAUGUCUCUAAAGGUAACCCAUGGGAAAUGUUCAACUUGAAACUGAAUUAAAUUGCUUUUCAAAGAGGCUGUAUCAUGUGGUUAUCAUUAUCGACCUGUGUUGUAUCAAACACUAUUCAAAUACAGUUGUCCAUCCAUGAAUGGAUUCUGAGACAGUGGGCCCCCGGGCCCCCCACCUCUCCUGCAGAGGAGCAGACCCAGACUGAAGUUGUAUUUGCUUUGUAUCUCUUUGUAGUCUUUUGUGUCUCUUUGUGGUCGUUUUGUAGUUGUUUGAUUGACUUUCCAACAAGAAAUAUUCCUCAAACAGAGGCUCUGGUCCACGGCCCCCCUGAGCCCUUGGGCCCCUGGGCCUGUGCUUGGUAGGCCCAUUCAGCAAUCCAUCUGUGUGUCCAUCAACUCUCCAGCCUGUGUAAAUAUUUCUUUACCGUCAUUGUUGGCCAACCCGUAUAUAUAUUUACUGUAUUAUUGAAAAUUUGAUAAAAAAAACAUAUAUUUUGAAAGCA